AUGACUAAACAAACCGUGGAUAUCUGGGUGCAGAGUGUGCCACAUCACACUGGCAUGCAGGACUUCUUUAACUGCAAGUGCUGUCCAAACAUUUACGGAGCCCUGGCAGCCCAGGAAUGCAGAGGCACGGCUGAGGCAGUCGAGCAGCAGGCGUGGGAAACCGCUGCUCUCCUCAACCUCUGCCGGAUCCUUCCCCCUCGGGCAGAGUGUCAACACAGCCAGUGCCAGAGAUGUGUGAGCCUGAUAGUGACAGGUCCCGUCAGCAGCGCGAGCGCUUGGCAUCCUAGGGCCAGUGUGAGGCUGCUCUCUGUGGCAUGGCAUGGGCCUCCAGAGUGUUCAUACUAUCCCUCACAAAGUACAGAGAGCACACAGGACAGCCACAGUAGCACUACAGAACAACUGAACAGUUUCCACUUUGCGAUGGAUGAUUUUGAGUACAGUGUCCAAAUCUCUGAACUCGACUGGGACUCCUUCUUCCAAGCAUGUGAAGAGUGCAACAUGUUGCCCCCAGGGUUAGCAGGCCUGGAUGACUCAGGAAUGAGUGACAUGGAUGACAUGGCGACCCCGCAAACACAAACUGCCACACCAAUUACCUCACUCCAUCCAGAGCUUCGAAAUGAUGGUCCCCCUGACUCUGAAGGCUCUCCUGUGGAGGUUUACCUGAGUAAAUAUGGCUUGAGCAGUCCAGAUCAAAUUCUCUCCGGCAGUGAGGAUGACUUCCACUUGGAGGCUGUCAAUGUGUUCUUUGAGAGGUUGAAAAGUGUCUCAGUGACUGAGGAUCACACAAAUUUAGGGAGUAAAAUGGCUGGCCAUUCAAAGCGAUCUGAUGUGAAAGAAGACACUAAAGAGAUAGCAGCAUCUGGAGAAAUAUUGCAGUCAUGCAGAAAUCAGACGGCACAGUGCAAUGAUUGUCAUACCUAUAUAUAUAGUGAAUCUACCGAUGAUGACGGAGAAAUACAUAAAUCUACCUGCCCUGACACAGAGCUGUUUAUCAAAGAAGCAGACUGGUCACUGGACGUACUGAAAGAAGGAGAUAAAUGGGAGGCUCGCAUGAGGACACAAUCAGACACUGAAAAGAGUCCAUGCAAUGUUCUAGACAAUGGUAAAGAGCUCACAGACCCAAAUCAGCUUAAAGAAGCAAAGUCUCAACUAGUAACAAACAAUAAUUCUGACAUGCUAGCAGUCCUCGGUCAAGCUUCCAACAUUACCCCAAGAAGGCGAAGAAGAAAGAAAAAGCGAAUGAGUGUGGAAAUGUCGGAAAUGGAUCCAGGAUAUGAAGCACACUUGCCAAGCAAAGUGAGUGAUUCUGAUGAGGACACAUAUGGGAGAAGAGGGGAAAUGGUUCGUGAAACUCAUAUAGCCAAAUACAGUGGUUCAGGGACUGUUUCUGAGGCACCUAGUGAAUUUCUAGUACAUCCUAAAAAAAACAGUAGUUCAGAGAAUUUCUCAGUGUUUUCACAGUCAGUCCAAGUGAAGGGAGAUAUCAGGAAGUCCACACAGGUAAGUCCUAAUUUACAAGAAGAGCUCAACAGGAGUGCAGGAGUUACUCAGAAAAAGAGAGAAAUGGAUAUAAUGCCUGAUAAUAAUCUGACUGGGAAACCAACAGAAACUGGGCAGAUUGCAAUGAGCGCAGAUCUCAAAUCUCCUCAGCCUGGUGUUUCUGUUACAGAGACACCUCAAAGGGAUGACAAUCAAUCUGCACACACUAAUGGAGAUAAUGCAGGAAUUCAUUUACAGCUCAAUAACCAUUUGCCAUCAGAAGAGCCAGUGUCUAUUGGCAGCUCUGAUGUAUCGAAGGUUGAGAGAAAACCUGGAAGCAAAGAAACUCUUGUUAAAUUCUCAUUCUCAAAUCACACAGAUGAUGUCAAGUCACCUGCAGAUAGUACAGCGUUACAAAUAGCACCACUGAUACAAUCACACACUCUUGUUUACUCAAUGAUACCCAAAAGUCAAUUUGAAGAAAGAGUGACGUUAUCAGACUUUCAGUUUGAUGGGUCUAGUGCAGUAGGUCAGAGGAAAACCUCAACUUCCUGUGUAACAUUUCCUGAGUUAACAAACAACACACUCUUCUCAGCAUCUUACAAAAACACUGAAAAGAAAGAGAUUUCACCUCCUGUGACUCAUGAUGAAGUCCCCCACGAGCACAAAAAAUAUGAUUUGCCAGCCGAGGGGAAUCUGUCAGAAACAGUUCCUUUUAAGUUGUUGCCACAGGCAACUCAUGAACAAAUAAGUCACCAGAAUGAUCACAAGACACAAAUGAGCGCAGCCCAAAUAUCAGAGGCAGAUGAGACAAAUGAUGCUCCAUCAAUUGAACCAAAAGCAAAAAUUACAAAGGAAAACUUGUCAAAAAAUGCUGGCGUCUCAAAUACAUCUGUGAAUCCACAAAAUGAAGAUUGGGUAGAAGAGAACUCCCCGUCUUUAAGAUUAAGUAAUAUGCCUGAAAACCAGGAAGGCAAAAAUAUUGAAGCUGUUCAGUCCCCUGGUUUCAAAGAGGACAGAAAUGAAGAACUGUCUCUUAAGGGGCAGACCAAGGAAUACGAGUCUCUGAUACAUACCCUUGACCCAGACAGUCAUCUUUCAGUUUACUCAAAAUCAGAACCCACCUUGUCUAAUAUUCCUACAAGCAAUGAAGAACAAAAAGGUUUCGUUCUCUCUGUAGAUCCACCACCAUGUUUUUCAUCUAAAGACCAUGACCUGUCACCUACUAUAGUACAACAUUCACCAUCUCCAUCUCCUGAUAUAACAGAUGGAGCCAAAAGUCUAGAAACACUAGAUACUGAUUCUGUAAGUCAACCCACACCUCCUGUAUAUGCUAUAUCUUCCUUCUGGAAUGAAAUGGAGAAGCUGACCAUAAAUGACAUAUUGCGACUACGUCUAGUUAGCCAAGCUCAGCACCCCAGUGUACUACUCCAGUCAGAUGACAGCAGUAUUGCAGAGGUGACAGAUGCAGCAGAUUCAGGAUAUUUUACACACUCGGAUGAAUCCAAGCCAGACCACUCCAGUGGGGAUAUGUCAUUCAUAUCUGACUUUGAUGGAAAGGUUGCACAGCUCCUAAUUCCAGAUGCAGCCAAAGUAGAUGAGGGGAUAAAUGAGUCUCCUAAACCAACAGGCGUAAUUUGGGAAAGUGAUCCAAAUCUGUCUGGAACUGCAACUGGAAUGGAAGACGUGAUUCAUUUGGAUACAGCCCAUUCAUCAUCUCUCUUUAGAAAUAAGUCCAAUCACUGCUUCAGGAAGAUGUGUAAAAAUAUUAGUGUCCAGAACUUGCAAACUCUUGAGGGCCAAAACUUGGGAAAAAUCUGGAGAAAUGCCUCUGUCCACUCCAUCCAUUCUGUUUAUGCCACUCAUCCUGAAGUUGAGGAUGACUAUGUAGAUCCAUUUGAUCGUGUUGAAACUUCAUCCCCAGUGUAUCUCUCUGAUGAGGAGGAGACGGACAGCACUGGCAUCACUUUCUCAGAGAUCUUUGAGUAUCUGUUUGGUACGGAUGAACCCAAACAAUCUGUCUCUGAGGCCAGCAGUGUAGAUGAUUCUUAUCUCAGUGGAACUGACACCUCUGUCCCUGAGAUGUAUGAACAUUUCUUUUCAGAGUUUGAGCCUGAAAGUUUCUAUUUCCCACUUGCAGACAACAACACAAGUACUAACGACGAGCUGGUUCCCAUCUUCUCCUCCUCACAUUCAGCAACCAGGAAUGUCCAGUUCCCUGAAGUGUAUGAUUACUUUUUCCCAGAUGAUUCCCCUGUUCACUCAGAUGAAGAUGAGGAACCUGAGCAUACAGUCAUCCGAGUGGUCACACGAUAUGAUCACAACCCAACCAAGAAUCAUGACUCUGUAACAGCCUCAGACCCAUACAAACAGACUUUCUCUGAGAAAGAUAACAGUUGGAACUUUGUGUGGACAAAUCCUUUUUCAUUCAGGAAAGUCCGGCGCACAGGAGUUACAGUCCCAAGUGAGGAGUCAAGUUCUCGGGCUCUGACUCCUGUAAAAAAUACUGGCAGGUCAUUUCGUGGAGGAAUUCAACCAAUAUGCAUAUUUGGUGCUGAUGAGAGCCCAUUUCCAGACCCACUGAUUUUCAACCUGGAGAACCGCAUCUUCAGACAGCUGGCAGAACAACAGAAGAUAUACAGCGAAAUGCAGACAGUUGUCGCUGAUCCAAGGGUGGAUGCACCACUAUUGCCCAUUAAACAGGCAGAUAUGUGUUUGGUUUGCAUCGCCUUUGCCUCAUGGGUCCUGAAGUCAGUCAACCCUCAAGGAGCUGAUACAUGGAAAGCUGUUCUCUUGGCGAAUAUAAGUGCUCUGUCUGCCAUCCGAUACCUCAGGAGAUUCACGAGGGAUGAGGCGGCCAAGAUUUCUCCACUGCGUCAGAUCAAGCCUGCAUAAAUCUGACCACAAGCUUCUGAGUGUUGCCAGGUCACCUUUCAGUCAGUCACUCCUUUUUCCUAUGUAACCCAACCCAGAGCUGAUGCUACAUAUCAUAAUCUGUGCAUGCAAAAAUACCAUGUGAUUAAUGAAUAGCCUUUAUCUAUAAGCUGGCUCAUGAUAAUGGGCAUUAGCUUUCAUGUUCUUAAUGGAACGCAUCGUAAUCAUGCAAUAUAAUAUAAAAUGACCAAACCUUUAGAUUUCAUGAGCAGUGUAUUACAGUUGAGUCAUCUUUUGUUGGCAAAGUGGAUCAGGUACGUUUUUGGUCAUUAGUAAGGUAAUGUAAGUGAGAGGGCAAGUUAAGAUGUCAAUCAUGAGGGAAGAUAAGGGCAUUAACUUUGAUCACAUGUCUUCUAAAAUGACCAAUCCUGUGAUGAAAGCUAUAAGUGAUACUGAGGUGAAAAUGCAUUUGGCAGAAGGUAGAAAGGAAGAGUGAGAAAAGACAGCUGUACAGUGCCUUGUAGAAAUUAAAUAAAUGGAAUUAAAAAAUACUGAAAUUUGGGUCCAAGCACCAAAAAAUACCUUUGGUUGUGGCACCACAAAAGAUUAAACAAUAUCAGUUCUCAAAACCUGAAUGAAAGUUCUUACAGAGCAAAUACUGCUAUGUGAUAUAAAGCACAAUUGUUGUGAUGAUAGGAAUAAAUUAUCUUAGGAACUUAUAAUGUCUUGGUGUGUAAGUACUCAUAUCUAUCCUUACAAUAAUAGUGCACACAUCAUACUGUAUAUUUAGUGUCAUCUUUAUUCCUCUGUUUUUUUGUGUGUUGUUUUUCUUCUUGGAGAGUCGUUGUAAGAUAAU